UACGGACCCUUUUUUCUUGUGAUUGUCAGAGUAUUCCUGGUUAUGCUGGGAUAUACUGCGACAUACGUAUGCGAGGUAAGAGGUCGUGUAAGCAGAUCGUGUAGCUCAACAUAAACAUAUAUAAGAUAUCCGGUGGACCAUACUCUCCUUAUCCCCCAACAGCCUAGAACUCGUUCCAUUUCCCUAUCCUCCAGCUUUUCCCCCUUCUCCUCAUUCUUACCCCUUCUCACUCCAGGUUCCCGUAAUCUUACAAUCUAGAUUUCCCCCCUGGACGAGUCCUACGUAGAUAGCUACGGCAGCCUACGACGAUGGGGCACAAAGACAACGCCGAUGGCGCGCCCACAUACUGGGGCAAGUCUGGCAAGACAUUGCAGAAAAUGAUCACGGCCGUAGCGACGACGGAUUUUCUGUUGUUCGGUUACGAUCAGGGCGUUAUGUCCGGUAUCAUCUCGGCUCCCGCCUUCACCUCUGACUUCCCGGAGGUAGAUGGGGACAGCACGUACGAGGGUUUCGUCGUGUCCAUUUACGCUGUCGGCUGCUUCUUAGGUGCCUGUUUCAUUCUCACGUUCGGUGACCACCUCGGCCGCCGCAAUUCUAUCUUUACCGGAGCUACUAUCAUGAUUAUUGGUGUUAUCAUUCAAGUCACCGCCAUGCCUAAUGGAUCAGGGGGAAGCGCGACAGCACAGUUCAUAAUCGGGCGGUGUAUCACGGGUAUAGGCAACGGUAUCAACACAUCGACGGUGCCAACCUAUCAAGCAGAAUGCAGUCAUUCGCACAAUCGUGGAAAGCUCAUCUGCAUUGAGGGCGGCAACGUUGCGAUCGGAACCUUGAUUGCUUACUGGAUCGACUACGGGUGUACCUAUGGGCCUCACGCCUUCGUUUGGCGAUUCCCCAUCGCUUUCCAGUGUGUCUUCGCUUUGGUCGUCAUCCUCCUUAUGACCCAGCUACCGGAAUCACCCAGAUGGCUAUUAACGAAGGAUCGAAACGAAGAAGCAACCACGGUCCUGGCGGCUCUUAACGGUGAACGCCGGGACGACCCUGCUGUCCAGACACAAGUUGCUGUUAUCGUCGACGCUAUUCGUGCUUCUGGCCAUGGUGGCGGCGUUACUCCUAUCUCGGAUCUCUUCACUGGUGGCCCGACCCAACACUUUCGCCGUCUCCUUCUCGGUGCCUCCUCGCAGAUGAUGCAGCAGCUAUCGGGUUGCAACGCAGUCAUCUACUACUUCCCCAUCCUGUUCCAGACCUCGAUCGGCACUUCGCACAACCUAGCCCUGCUUCUCGGAGGUAUCAACAUGGUCGUAUAUUCCAUCUUUGCCACUACCUCGUGGUUCGCCGUCGAGCGGAUCGGUCGUCGAAAGCUCUACCUCAUCGGUACCGUUGGCCAGUGCUUGUCCAUGGUUCUCACCUUUGGUGCUCUGAUUCCUGGAACGGAAGAAGCAGCUAAGGGAGCUGCUGUUGGUCUUUUCACUUAUAUCGCAUUCUUCGGUGCGACAUGGCUUCCGCUACCGUGGCUGUACCCGGCCGAGAUUAACCCUCUUAAGACACGUGCUAAGGCCAACGCAACUUCGACAGUAUCCAACUGGCUGUGGAACUUCUUCAUCGUGAUGAUCACGCCGGUACUACUAAGCAACACAGGACGCAGCGGUUGGGGUACCUACCUAUUCUUCGCGAUACUCAACGCAAUGUUCUUCCCCGUUAUCUAUUUCUUAUACCCAGAGACAGCUGGACGUACCCUUGAGGAGAUUGAUGUUAUCUUCGCUAAGGGUUACGCCGAGAAGAUGAGUUACGUUAAGGCUGCGCAAGACCUGCCCCGUCUUACGGAGCAAGAAGUCGCGCAGAAGGCCCGCGAGUACGGGUACUGCUUGUCCGACGAGGAGGCCACCGUCAGCAUGCAUGAGAAGGCCGAAGCUGUCUUUUCGACCCCGCCUUCUUCUGAUUAAUGCUGUCACAUGGCGCAAGAAUUCACGAUUAGAUGAUCGCGCAACGGAUCGCGAUCAUAUGUUUUCCUAUUUCAACAAUGCUCGCCUUUGAUUAAGGU